AUGGCCGGUACAACAACUACAACGAUCAGCUACAACGAUAUAAAAAACAACUUUGACGACAGCGACAACAUUGACGGUGACGACGACUUCAACAAUCGCAAAGACAUCAACAAAAACAAUUACAUCAAUACCAACACCAACAUUUGCAACAACAACAUCAACAUCUGCAACAACAACAUCAACAUCUGCAACAACAACAUCGAUAUCAGCAACAAAAACAUCGAUAAUAACAACAUCCAGAGCAACAAAAACAACAAGAAAGACAUCAACAAAUCCCACAACAACAUACAUUGUUGUCAGAUGUUCGUUCAAUUGAACUCCAGUCCAUCUUUCUAUUUUUUGCUACUUGCAACAGGGAAGAAUGCGGCUAACCCAACAGCGUUAACGAUGAAUGGUGUGCAAUUGAAUGAAACUUCAGAGAUUAAAUGUUGCGCUGCCAAUCUUGCAGUGAAACAUUUCAUGGCAAUUUUAAUUAAAAACUUAUUUGAAACUAAAUAA